GGAACCGAUCUCCGUCGCCGCUCCUGCUGCUCUUCACUCCUGACUCCCAUCGGACUCACGCGGCGUCAUGGAGCUUGAACUGCUGCUUCCCGCGCUCCUCUUCACCGUUGUCGCAGUCGUGGUGGCUUCGUCCUGGUUCGGCAGAAGAACCGGUACCGAUGACAAACCCAAAAGCGGACGCACUAGUGACAGCAGACCACCUGUGGAGACCCGAGCGCCUCUGGUCCAGGAGCCAAAACCAGCUCCGUGCUCUGCACCUGAACCCACAGUAGAACCGGCCGCAGCAUCAGCACCUGAACCUGUUUCUGCUGUAGCACCAGAGCCAGUAUGUGAGCCACAAUCUAUCCCAGAGCCAGAACCAGCAUCUGCUCCAGAACCAGCAUCUGCUCCAGAACCAGAACCACUAUCUGUCCCAGCGCCUGAACCUGUUUCUGCUGUAGCACCAGAGCCAGUAUGUGAGCCACGAUCUAUCCCAGUGCCAGAACCAGCAUUGGUGCCAGAACCAGCAUCUGCUCCAGAACCUAUAUCUUUCCCACCACCGGAACCCGUUUCUGCCCCAGCACCAGAAUCUGUUCCAGUACCAGAACCGAUAGUUGUCCUGGCAUCAGAACCAGCAUCUGCUCCAGAACCAGAACCAUCAUCUGUUCCAGUACCAGAACAGAUAGUUGUCCCAGCACCGGAACCAGCAUUUGCUCCAGAACCAGAAUCUGUUCCAGUACUAGAACCAAUAGUUGUACCAGCAGCAGAACUAGCAUCUGUCCCAAUACCGGAACCAGUGUCUGUGCCAGCACCAGAACCAGUGACUGAAUCAGCCCCAGUUUCAGAGGCAUUACUGGAACCAGUGUCUGUCCCUGUGCCAGGACUAACAUCUCUCCCAGAACCAUUUUCUGUCCCAUCACCUGGGCCAGAGGCUGAAUCGAUCCUUGUUCCAGAACCAGUAUCAGAACCAGUUCUGAAAACAGUACCUGCACCAGAACCUGGAUCUGUCCCAGUGCCAGAACCAUUUCCAGCAAUAGAACCAGUGACUGAACCGGUCCUUGUUUCAGAACCACUGACUGGAUCGGUCCCCAUUUCAGAACCGGAACCAGAACCUGUCCCAGCACCAGAACCAGCAUCUUUCACAGCAUCAGAUCCAGUGACAGAAUCUGUCCCAGUACCAGAAUCCACCUCUUUAGCAGAGCCCAUGUCUGUUGAGCUGCCAUCAGAACUGAAAUCUGGACCUAUAUCUGCACCACUAACAACGCCGGAACAAGGCCCGGAUACAGAACCUAUUCAUGCUCCGGAACCAGAAGCAGCACCCAUUACCCUCCCAGAAUCUGAACCAAAGAUCCAGUUAGGAUCAGAGCCAGUACCAGAACCAAGCGUGUUUUCUACAGCAGAAGAAGUUCCUGCCACCUCACCGGGACCAGAAACAGAUGAAUUCAAAGGUGAGGCUGAAGACAAAGUGACGUUCACUCCAGGGAAGAAGCAGAAUAAACUGCAGACGAUGAUGACGAAGGAGGAGAUGAUGGAGGAACAGAGGUACACACACACACACACACACACACAGUGCUUGAAUGGGUUCUGCUCCUACUGCUGGUGCUGCUAACAAGAAUGUGGUGGUCAGCCUGAACCUCAUGACCUGGUGCGACCCAACUGACUUAACUUCCUGUGUGACACCCCGAGUUCUAGCCUUGCUCUCACGCCUCACAGUCGCAGUGCUCCACAUGAAGCUUUAUCUCUGCAGGGUCGAGUUCACCUCCGACCUUACGUCUCUGUAACCGCCUCAUCGUCCGAGCGCGACACUGCGCUGGUAAGGUGCCCAGUGUAGUCUGUGACCCCUGACCCCUGUUCAGUGUGUAGUCUCCAGUGAGUCAUCCUCACCCACUGACCCGAGUCAUCCCUUACCUGCUGCUCAGGUUGGCCACUGACAUGACGGCCAGCUGUUCCACCGGCAGCUGCUUAAUCCUGGUUAAUCUCCUAAUUCUCCUGUCAAUCUGGCCGCAGCUCAUCAGGUCAAACAUCAGACAACUCCUUUGAUGUCCCGUGACGCUGUCCACCCGAUUCAAUGUGAAGGAUGAGUCAGCGCUUUGUAUAUUUUUUAGAGUGAACAAUGACUGCAGUUCUUUUUAAUCCGUCAGCAGUUUUAGCUACUUUAUUAUUUAUGGUUUUCAUAUCUUAAAAAGUAAGUGAUUAGUCAGCGAGUUCACAUUUGGAUUUUGGGGAAAAUAACUUUCUAUGACUCAGCAUUUCCUCCGGUGCUGAUGAUGAAUCAGGAUUACUUUUAUGCUGUUUCGUCCGGUAAAUAUUUUCACGCUCACUGCUGAGUUGGUGGUUUUACACUCGGCCUGUUGCUAGUCGGCGCUAACGUUAGCAUCCAUCUCGAUCGCCGUGAGACUCACCGACGAUUCCUGUCGCACAAGGAAGGAUGCAUUGCUGCUAACAUGCUAACUAAUGAUGACAAGCAUGCUGCCUGCUAACAGCCUCCUCAUGGUGAGUUUUUACUGCUGGGUCAUGUUUUAUACAUGGUUUUGUUUGAUGUUUGGUGAAUAACAAAUAUUUAUGUUUUUUUUUUCUCUUUCAGAUCUGAUGAUGUUUGAAGCGUUGUGAAGACAAGCAAAUGUAUUUACCGGUUUUAUUUCAUUAUCUGAAAACAAGAAGAAUCAUUUUCAUUCAAAAUAUUCAGUAUCAAUAAAGCAUUUUGUCUUAGGUUAUGAAGUAAAGGAGAUGCCAUUCAUUUAAGUAAAUUAAAUUGAUCUUAAAAUGUAAAUGCUGAAUUUGUGAAGGAAGAAAUUCAAGGGAAAAUAACCACAAAAGAGAAGAUGAAUGAAGGUGUUUAUUUGUGGUUCAAUCGCAGCCAAUAAACAGCUGAAGUGAUUUGUCUCGUGUGUUCACGUCCGCCGGACAGCGACACCUGCUGGUCACAUUCACGGCCUUGUUCACGGCGCCCUCCUACGGCUGACUGAAGCACCGCAGCCGCUUCACUCGUAGGUGCCUCAUUCAGAGGUGCGGAUCCUCUUCCUAGCUCCGUCCUCGGACGCUAGCUGGUCCAGUCAUGGGUCGACUGAGCUGACAGAACCAGGCCACCUGACCGGUGGAUUUCCUGAGGAGAACAUGGAGCGGGAGCUUCUCAGGUUGAACUAACUUAAGUGUUGUGGUCCUCAGGGUCCAGCAGGAGCAGCUGGCCGCCAUCUUUCUGCUGCUGCGGGAGAACCAGGAGGCGCUGGGGGGCGUGACGGAGGGGGAGGUGGAGGAGCAGCUCAAGCUCUACUCCCUCUGAACAGCUUCCCUGGACUGAUUGACCACAAUGUUAUUGGCUAUUGAUAUGAGAAAACUAGCCUUUUCAUUCAAACUUGGAACUUGGUAGUUUAACUCUCGUUUGACGUGUGUUAACUAAUGUAGUCUGUACUCAUGA